GCGGGCUGGAGCGCGAGCGGGGCGUCAGGGGGCGGGGCCGGCGGCGGAAGCUGCGCGCCGCUGUCGCGCGGCGACCCCGGCUCCGCGCCGUCCUACCCCUACCCCGCCGUCCCUCCACGCGCGCAGCUCGGUUUCCUUCCCGAUGCGUCCGCGAGCGCCGGCGCUGGCUCGAGAGCCGACCCCGGCGGCCCCGCCGCGACCGUCCUUCGCUCCCGGGCCCCGCGGCCCGCAGACGCUGCUCCCGGCGGGCCUCGCGGGGCAGCGGGAGACUGCCCUAAGGCCCGCGCCGAGUCCCUCGGAAAAAUCACCAUGUCUUCUUCCAUGGGGCUCCGUUUGGCUGCUUGUUUACUAAAUAUUUCAGAAGCCAGAAGAAAAUACAUUGUUGAGAACAUAGCACAAGCAUCUCUUCAUGAAAAAAAUGGGCAGAAAUAACCUGAAGCAUCAAUGCUCAAUAUAUUUUCAUUUUCUGAUCAAGACUACAUCAAAUCAGUCAUUACAAUAUCGGCUUCUAUUAAUGAAUUAGGCAUUGGAGCCAGCCCAUACGUGAUGAGCUGCAAUGUUACCAUAGACUCUCAAGACUUGGCUUUGGGAAAAGAGAUCUUGAAUGCUAUUCAGGGCUCAAAUGCCAAUGGAUUGAAGGGUGUCCAAACAAUGACUUUUCCUCAUGAAGGGAAAAUUGAGAUAGCUUGCAAUGUUGCCAGAAGAACCAAGAAGCUACAGAAACCUCAGAAGACUCUCAACACAUGGCUUACAGUGACCUUGGGAUCAUUCUUCUUUUGUAUCCUAAUUACAUAGAAGCUCAAGUUAAAAAGUUGGUGAGUGAUCAGGGAAUUGGUACUAUGGGAAGAGCAUUGAUUGGAUUUACACCCCAAGAAUGCAAGAACUGUGCCGAAUGUGCUGUAAAAGAAAGUAUUGGGGAAUUCUGGAAGAUAUGGGGAAGGAAGUAUUUUCAUGUGAUCCAAUCUAAGGCUUCACUUAAAUUUUAAGGAAAAUAUCAAUCACGACAAAGUUUUCUUUUGGCCAAUGAAGGUGAAAAGAAGAUACAAAGAGCUUGGUUGUAGUUGUGUGGUGGAAAAUUCUCUGUUCAACAAAAACAGGUGUUUAUCGAAUGUCUGUAAUCACCCUAAGGUGUUUCUAGCUGUUGUUAAAACUUCAUGAGAACCUACUCUGUAUCAAGUUUAUGUCCUUGUGUACAUUAGAAGCCUUCCUGAAUUGGAUGAAUAAAAUGGUUGCUGAACUACCUUUAAUUAUCAUGAACAAACCUAAAAACGGAUUCAACUUACUUGAUUUUCCUGAACUCUUUAUUCCCGAGUUCUGUAUUCAACUCUCAUUUUUUGAGUAAUCAUUUUUUAAAACAUACACUUUAAAAGAUCAAGUACUAAGUGACUAAAGUGUGGGGAGAAUUAGAAAAUAAAGUUCCUUUUUCAAAGCCAUGAUUGUCCAUUUUUACCUUCCCACUUUUAGGAUGACCUGUUGUUCAUUUUAGAGGUAACUCCAAAAGCCAGACUUGUCUAAUUUUUUAAUGUUUAUAUAGGGAGAUGGAAUGGUGGUAUUGGGCAUUACUUCAAGGAAUUGUGUUUAUCUUUUUUGGAGUUUAAAUGGAAAAUCUGAAGAUUUAGGGAAUGUAUUGCUUUUGAGCAAAGAGAAGGGUAUCAGUGGAAGAAUUUUAUUUGAGAGAAAUCAAAAUAUGUAGCCUCUUUGUGAACU